AUGAAUCCAAGAAUUCGGUUAUCAUCUGAAGACAUCACAGCGGGUAAAAAAACUCUCCAGGAAAGCGGUCAAAAGGAGAAGGCACAGCUAUUGGAGAUUCUGAGAAGGAAAAGUCAAACAUACACAAGAUGGCUUUCAUCCUCUAUUGAAGAUCUCGAAGAAGAACUUUCACACAUCCGUAAGCAGGCUGAUUACAAACCUAUUGUAGCGGAUACGAUUCUUGAAGUUAUUUUGAGAAAGAUCUCACUUGAAAAGCCUAUGAACUACCAACAAGUCUCUCGUCAUUCGCUCCUCAUCAAAGAAUCCUCUGCUAAAGCGCCACCGCGAAUCUUUGAGUUAGCAAAACAAAUGCAUUCCAAUGCUCUCACGUCGGCACUGACCGAUGGAAAGCUAGAUGUUGCUAAGAGCUUGUGGGAAAGUCGAAUAGGAUCACCGUCUGUGGAGAAUACUUUGACUUAUAUUGCGCUCUUAUUUCUGAAUGGACAUAGAGAGGAAGCUAAUAAUGUUUGUGAAGAUCUCAGAUCUACAGCGCAAACUAUCACGGCUUCUUCGCUCCAGACGGCAAGUUUUUCCUUUUUUGCUCUGAUUGCUCAUUUUUAA